CUUGCAAAUCGACGCUCAGCAGCAGCAGCAGCAGCAGCAGCAGUCAGGAGCGGGUGGGAAGAGAAGAGCGCAUCACAAAGUUUGAGGCUGCAGCUGUUCGGACACCGCGGAAACACGUACGGGACAUCUGAUCAGGUGGUGAGUCAAAAGAACCAGGUCUUAACCAGAAACAUCUGAUGACACUAUGCCUGGUAACGACCGUCUGUCAUGUCCGCUGAAGAGCCCCAUAAAUACACUCUGCAUUCAAUAGACUGAAGAUCAAACUGGAUGAAGCCACUUUUCAUUUAUGACUGACAAUUUAACUUAUGAGAACCUUCAUUUUCUACCUCUUGUUGCUGCUCUUGUUAAGCGAGGCAGUUUAAACACUUGACAGCUCCGACCCACUUAUCACGCAACAAGGGAAAACGUUGCAUUUAACGGGCAACAUAUACAAAGGUGAUGCACUGUUUUAUAUUCAGGGCCAUUGAUCCAUUGACCUCCUGAUCUAAUUAGCCCCACACAUGUAUGCUAAUACACACCUGGUGUUGCUGGCCUCUGCAGAUACUUUAAAAAAGUCUUGUGUCUGACUCUAAGUUCAGUGACACCCAGUUGGGUGUUAGAAGUCCAUCUGCACACUAUUAACUCUCAAAGAGAGCACUCACCUUGACUGUGAUCGGACACGUGUUGGUGUGUUUGCAUUAGCAGGUGUCACGUCCUGCCUGCACUGAUUGAGAGCGAGAAUGAGAGCUGAUGUGGCAGAUUGGCCCUGAUAAAUACUUUAAAAACAUUACAUCCUGAGGGUCGGUCACUUGAAUAAGAAAGCCAUAGAGCUUCAUUACACUGUUCAGUCAGUUCCUCAAAAUGCGUGAUACUAAAAAGUAGUCCGCUUUAAUUGAAAAGUGUGCAUGUGCGUCUGUCACAUUGUCAGAGCAGAUUAGGGCCAGGCCUUUCUGGGUCAUGUCACUUUGACUGACCUAGAUUUGAUUAAAUAAUCUGGCAAGCAGAAGAAUAUGUGUGUGCAAGUCCUGAUCAGAAUACACACAUCUUAGACAAAUACACCACACUCUCUGACCUUGAGGAUUGCUCUGCAGUCUUCUUAGUUGUUAACUACCUGGUGGCUGUGGCUACCUAAUUUCUUAUUCAGCCCACAUGCCCUUCACCCAACAAAUAGGGAAUACAAUAUAAAACUUGUAAACACUGUGAUCAAACUCCCAAUCUCAGUUGGCCGUUUCUACGCCACCCCUCAUGAACAACUUCCCUUUCUUCUCCGCACCUCCUCCCAAUACACCAACCAUCCAGUCAGUGUGUAGGCCCUGCCUUCGGGCCCCUUGGAGGAUGAACAAUGUGCCCACACUUGACUACGAGUUGCUGCUGUCCCCGGCCAGCACCUCCCUCCCCGGCAGUCCUGCCGGUGGCAGCAGCAGCCCCUCUCUGGCAUUGGUUGGGGGGGAUUCUGAGCAGCGUACCGCCUUUGCCUUCGUAGGCCUCCUCAUGCUCUUCCUGGUCUUCCUGCUGGUCAGGUGCUUCAGGAUCUUGCUGGACCCCUACAGCCGCAUGCCUGCAUCAUCCUGGACUGACCACAAGGAGGGGCUGGAGAGGGGCCAGUUUGAUUAUGCAUUGGUGUAAGGUGCUGUAAGGGGGAAAUUGCAUUGCUCAUAGACUUUUAGACAAUUUUAGAUGUGGAAAUGGACUGUACCAAUGCGUAAUAUUGGGAAUGCACUCUAAUAAGAGGGGUAUGCCUGGUUUAUAUCACUGUUUUGCAGUCUUUGUACUGGUGUAAAUAUGAGGCUGCAGAAUGCUAUGUAAGCAUAACAAGUCUGGUUCAACAACAGAUCACUGGAAUCCCUGUGAGCCAAACAUCCAGAUGUUGGACCAUAAAGGACAGAAAUAAUGAGCUGCACAGCUGCCUUAACCCAACCUACUGUACCCAUCAAACAUGCUACAACAUCACCUAGGGCUAGGUUUUCCAAACUCCAGAGCUUGCCGAUAUUAAAACACAAUAAGAUUUUGGGAAGAUCACCUUCACUCACGACAAAGUUUAGAACCUCAAAGCUACAUUUAUGGAAAGAACACUCGACAUGCAGAACACAAGCAGAACUUAAAUCAAGGAGUUUACACUUAAGCAGAUGCCCCUUUAAUGAACCAAUGUCCAUUGUAAAGCAUUCAAGUGUUAAGUGCCGAUCAAGGAGCACAAAUCCUCACUUUUUUUGGACACUGAGCCUGGAACAGCACUGCAGUCUCAGAUGCUUUUUAAGCAGGUAGUUUGUGUCUCCAUAACAUUUUGUCUGUGUAUGUUUUGUGUGUUACUGUGUCUAUAACUGAGAAGCCAUAUUGAAACUAUAAUCUGUUAUUACUGCAAGUAGAGUUUGUGUUCACUGGUUCUGUCCUUUGCUUAGUCCGCCUGCCAAGUGUGGUGGUGAAGCAAACAGCAACCUUUAGGCAAGAGAAAGCUUUAUUUUUCUAUUCUUGACUCAAGUUUGGGAGUCUCCUUUUUGCUACCUUUCUGUUCUCUUCCUCUUACUGUAUUCAGACUGUGGGUUUUUGAGGUAGUCAUGCAGCCACGUCUUAGAAUGAGGCAAAGCAGGUUGCUUUGCUUUUUUUUGUGUUUUUGUAAUUAUAUACAUAGACUAUCGGCUUUGUUUUUGAUACACUGGGUUGAAUCAGUGAAAAUAAAACAAGGAUUUUCUUCUUCUUCCUGAUUACCACUGAUGGCUGGACUGUGUGGAAGCUCCACAUUGUUCAUGUUGGAAAGAAAUAAAAUAAUUGCUACUCA